UAUAACGAAUGCGACAAUGCCAUUAGAAGGUCAGAAAUAGUUCCUGGAACUUACGAAUAUACAACUGCUGUUUCUUAUGGAAACGUAGGUGAGUUUGGAGAAGGUUCUUCAACAACAGUAGAUAUUGCUUGCGACAGGUUUCAUAUAAUUUCUAUUGACAACUCUUUCUUAUACGUGGAACAAGACAUUGAAAUAAAACCUUCUGCCAAGUUGUCUGACAAGAAAGGUUGCAAUGGAAUUUUCUAUGUCGGAUACCAAUAUGCUCCAGAAGUUUUCAUGGGAUAUAAGAUAUAUUCUAACUCUGACUUAGUUCAAACAGUAACAUGGGCAAACUAUGAAUGGUUCGCUUUGAGAAACUCAGUACAACCACAAGCUAGAGAACAAACAGACCAGUAUGCAACUAUUGAGAAAAUAAGAAGACUUGACCCUAACGUUCCAGGAGUUUAUGUUAACCUUUCUGGACAAACUGCAGCAGCAGUAACCAAAGUAAAACUGAAACUUAGAGUUCCUUUGUCAUCUUUCCUCAUCUUCAGGUUUUUAAGAUACUUGCCAAACUGGGCAGGAAAAAUUUCUAUCGAACUUACUCCAAGCAAAAAUAACUUAGUCAUUGCACCAACACAAGACCCAUUCACUCUUACAGAAGUAGUGGGAACAAAUAAAAUGUCAUUCGCCGACUUUUGCAAAAACAAAGUUGACUUAGACUUUGGUUUCUCAAACCUCAACACUGAAGUAAACUAUUAUUUCAAUGCUGCUGGAGAUGCUUGGGACCCAGUUAAGUUCACAUGCGAAAAAUUUGAAUGCAAGAGAAUAGAAAGCAGACUUGCAGUCUAUAUGUUGGACCCAGAUAUUUCAAAUGCUUUAGCUGCCAAAUAUAUUGCAGUUCCACUUAUGUUCCCUAUACACCAAAUAUCUGUCAAAGACUUUGCAGGUGAAGUUGGAAACCAAAGUGCUGACCCAGGUGCAAGAACAGAUAUUGCUUUAACAACUGCAAUGAAACAUGCAGAUACUAUGUUUGUACUGUUCAGACGAACUAUAA